GUAACAACAAAAAUGAUACCAAAAGAAAAUAAUGUGUGAUAUCAAGAUACAUUUGCACGUACAUCGACGGCUGUCACAAUUUCUUGAAGAACUUUAUCCAUAUAAGAAGCCAUUAUGACCUCCCUUGUGAUAUUUUACCUUUUCUUGACUCCAUUAUUUCUUAAUGUUGAAAUGACAGUCCGUCUUGUAGGACCAGAUCCUUGCGAAGGCCGUAUGGAAAUUUAUUAUGGAAAUACUUGGGGCACAAUUUGCUCUGGAAAUUGGGAUAUUGCUGAUGUAGAAGUAGUAUGCAGAGAGUUGAAUUGUGGAGUACCAGUGGAGGCAUCUACAAAUGGGAAAUAUGGACCAGGUCCCCCUUACAGUGGCCUGACAUAUUUUCAGUGCAGUGGUAAAGAAAGUGAGCUAAUGAGUUGCCCAUACACCAUUUUGCCACACAGCCAUUCAUUUACGUCUGACUCAGGGGCCAAAUGUUCAGGACGAAGAAGAGUGUGGCAGUUACAAAUGCAUAUUAAUUCAUAUAUUGCUUUGGAAAAUGUGAGCACUUCAAUACUGGAAAAAGCUAUACUCUCUGCAACCUCAUCACUGCCUGGACAGACUGUCAUAGAAGUAGGUCUCAAGAAGGUACUCAAAUUACAAUGA